AUGGUUUUCCGGAGUUUCAGUUAUGGAGUCCACGAGAUCGGGCUUGGCCGGGUUGACAAUAGAGAGGACGACGUCAACGGCCAGCGGAGCGAGGAGAGUGGAGUAUUGAUUGACAACCUUGCUGUUGAGGGAGGUGCUGGCAGACAUGACGAGAGAGUCGCGGUCGGAGACCUUGACGGGGACGGCCAUGGCCGUGCAAACUUCAACUGCCUUGGUGGCUGCCUUGUGGAGGUGCCCUCGCUGACCGCAGAGUCCUGGGACUUAGAGAGCUCGACGAGCGGCCGGCUGGAUCGGAGGACCUCCAUCUUGUUGUGCAAAUGGAGGGUUUCUUUUGUUUGGAGGAGUCUUUUCCAGGCUAAGAGACUAUUACAUCUGGGAGUUCUUUGGAGGGUGGGUAAUGGGUCUUCCAUUAGAAUUUGGAAGGAUAGAUGGAUUCCAUCCUCCUCUUCUCAUUUGGUUAUCUCUCCUGUUGGUGGUUUGGGACAAGAGGCCGCAGUGUCAGAUUUAAUAGAUAGAGAGAUGGGUUGUGGGAAUUCAAACAUUAUCUCUAAGAAUUUUCUGAAGGAGGAAGCUGAAGCCAAUAUGAACAUCCCUUUGAGCCCCAAUUUGCCUCAAAACAAGAUUAUUUGGAUUGGGCCAAAGUCGGGAAAACUGAAAUUGUUUGCUUGGAGAGCUUGUCAAAACCUCUUGCCUACUAGAGAUAAUCUUUAUAAGAGGAAAGUGAUUCAAGACCCUUCUUGUCCUUGUUGCAGUUAUGCAAUUGAAACGGAAAAGGUGGAGCUACUGCUUGUGGUUGGAAGGAAUAUUUGGUUAAGAAGAAAUUCUCUUCUUUUUGAAGGGUGUUUUCUUCCUCUGAGAAGAAUUUGGCAGGAGUCCAUUUCUUUUUUGGAAGAUUACAGAUUGUACAUUCAGGGAAAGGAGAAUGAUGCUAGGGCUUCUAGUGAUGUGGUUCCUUCUAUCCCUGAGGUUUGGUGUCCCCCUCCUACUAACUAUUUCAAAAUUAAUUGGGAUGCAUCCGUUGAUUCAAGGAGAAAUUGUAUUGGCCUUGGUUUAGUAGCGAGAGAUAGUAGGGGAGAGUGCGUUGGUGCAAAAUGUGUUUGCCUUUUUGUGAAAGGUGAUUCUAGAAUUGCUGAAUCUCUUGUUACACUUCAUGCAGUAUUUUUUAGCAAAUUUUUGGAGUUAAGGGAUGUUAUUUUUGAAGGAGACUCUUCUCAGGUAGUGCCAGAAAUAAAUUCCUCUCCCCCUCAUUUGUCUAAAGCUGGACAUAUCACAUAA